CAUUGGCUGUCAGUGCGGCGGCCGGUGAGAGGGUCCCAAAUAUUACCAGGGAGGGGAAAAAGCGAGGCGCUUCAACCGCAGCAGGAAUUAAGAACAGUAAUGGCUGCUGAAUCUCCCCGCCGCCCAAGCCGAUGUACUGGAGGAGUGAUAGUCCGGCCACAGGCUGUUACGGAGCAGUCAUACAUGGAAAGCGUUGUUACAUUUCUGCAAGAUGUCGUACCGCAGGCUUAUAGCAGUACGGCUCCAACAGAAGAAAAAGAGAAAAUUGUAUGGAUCAGAUUUGAAAAUUCUGACUUGAAUGAUACCUUAAGGAACGUGGAGCUGCACGAAAUGCACAGCACCGGGAACGAACCGCCUCUCCUGCUCAUGAUUGGCUACAGCGACGGGAUACAGAUAUGGAGCAUACCUAUUAGUGGUGAAGCUCAAGAACUUUACUCUAUCCGACACGGUCCUGUGAGAGCAGCCCGGGUCCUGCCAUCCCCACAGAUCAGUAA